ACUUCAACAACUCAUCAUUUUCCUCUUAUAUUACAUUAAUCAUUUUUUUCCAAUAAUUAAAAUGGAGUCAGUGAAGAAAAUGGUAGCUGAAAAGCCAGUGGUUAUGUUUAGCAAAAGCAAGUGUUGUAUGUGUCACACAAUAAAGACACUCAUAUCAAGUUUUGGUGCUAACUUAACUGUAUAUGAAUUGGAUGAGCUUCCCAAUGGGCUACAAGUCGAACGAGCACUGCUGAUGCUAGGCCUAAGGCCUAGCGUGCCAGCAGUGUUCAUUGGACAAGAAUUAAUUGGCGGUGCGAAUGAGAUCAUGAGUCUACAUCUAGAGGGAAAUCUUGUUCCUCUGCUCAUGAAAGCUAAAGCUCUUUGGCUAUAGUGUAUAUACACUUUUUUUUUGGUUAUAUAUUUGGUAUUCGAAAUUUACUGGUAUG